UCCUUUCCCAAAGAUGUGUCUCAUCCCGCUUGAGUUAUACCCAAUUUGCCGAGCUCUGAAGCGAAUAUCAGGGCACGCAAGUUUUCAAGAUUGCUUAGUUCAAUUUUCAUUCAAAGACUUUGGACCAGGACCCAGGUUCUUGGCCAAUGGUGAAAACAAAGCAGAAACGCACAGGGGAAGUUCCUGGUAAAAAAAGUGGUACUUCUUCACAUUGCCUUGUUGAUUCUGGAGACGGUGAUAAUCAGCAUGAGGAUAGUGAUUGGAUUAUAGUGAAAAAGCAGAGAGUCACCAUUCUGGUGCCUGCUGCACCUCUCAAUGAUAGAUCAUUAAUAGCAAAUCAAGGACCAAAUCACAUGCAUCUUAUGCCUCCUGAAAUAGCAAGUAACCAUGUGCAGCUUCCCAUGCAGACAUCUACUGUACAUCCUUCAGGUAAGGAACAUGAGAAAGCCACUUUAUUGGCUGUCCAAAAGGAGACUCAUGCCGAAAGAAAAGCUCUCCUUACCUUACCUAAAUCAACUGUGGUCAAUCCACCAUCUUUAGAUCAAAGAAUAGAAUCAGAAAAUCCACAAGCAAUGAACAGUUUGAAGUUACAUAAACUACUUGGAGUUUCUGAUGCAUCAAAAGUUAUUAAGCAGCCUAGAACACUACUUGCACCAAGAAGGUCCUUCAACCAGGAAACUCUGAAUAAAAAUUUGCGAGCAUCAAACCUUGAGAGGAAGCUUGAAAGAGCUGGUGGACUGAGCAACUGGCUGACUUCACUUGGACUGGGGCAGUUUGUGAGAAUUUUUCAGGGGAAUAGUCUCAGUAAGUAUCAGCUGGUAAACCUAACCAUGAAAAAACUCAAGGAUAUGGGCGCCAGUGCAGUGGGACCUCGCAGGAAACUGAUCCAUGCCAUGGACUGUGUUUGUCAGCCAUAUUGCUUUGAGGCGUUGUAGAAGUUUUUAGGAUAUGUACAAAAAUGUUCUAAGACAUGGUACAAAUGCAAAACUCAUGUUUCUGAAUGCUUUUGUGAUAGUUCACAGCACUUAAGUCUCAAAGUUAUAGAGAUUUCUGUAUAUAACUUCAUAAGUAGACGCAAUCAUUCUACAAUGUUUCCUUUUACAUUGGCGUCUCCAUGCACUUCAAUUUUUCAUCGCCUAUUGUAAGAUUAUUUAAGUAAUUUCUCAAUAAUUCA